UUGGUUGGUUGGUUGGUUGGUUGGUUGGUUGGUUGGUUGGUUGGUUGGUUGGUUGGUUGGUUGGUUGGUUGGUUGGUUGGUUGGUUGGUUGGUUGGUUGGUUGGUUGGUUGGUUGGUUGGUUGGUUGGUUGGUUGGUUGGUUGGUUGGUUGGUUGGUUGGUUGGUUGGUUGGUUGGUUGGUUGGUUGGUUGGUUGGUUGGUUGGUUGGUUGGUUGGUUGGUUGGUUGGUUGGUUGGUUGGUUGGUUGGUUGGUUGGUUGGUUGGUUGGUUGGUUGGUUGGUUGGUUGGUUGGUUGGUUGGUUGGUUGGUUGGUUGGUUGGUUGGUUGGUUGGUUGGUUGGUUGGUUGGUUGGUUGGUUGGUUGGUUGGUUGGUUGGUUGGUUGGUUGGUUGGUUGGUUGGUUGGUUGGUUGGUUGGUUGGUUGGUUGGUUGGUUGGUUGGUUGGUUGGUUGGUUGGUUGGUUGGUUGGUUGGUUGGUUGGUUGGUUGGUUGGUUGGUUGGUUGGUUGGUUGGUUGGUUGGUUGGUUGGUUGGUUGGUUGGUUGGUUGGUUGGUUGGUUGGUUGGUUGGUUGGUUGGUUGGUUGGUUGGUUGGUUGGUUGGUUGGUUGGUUGGUUGGUUGGUUGGUUGGUUGGUUGGUUGGUUGGUUGGUUGGUUGGUUGGUUGGUUGGUUGGUUGGUUGGUUGGUUGGUUGGUUGGUUGGUUGGUUGGUUGGUUGGUUGGUUGGUUGGUUGGUUGGUUGGUUGGUUGGUUGGUUGGUUGGUUGGUUGGUUGGUUGGUUGGUUGGUUGGUUGGUUGGUUGGUUGGUUGGUUGGUUGGUUGGUUGGUUGGUUGGUUGGUUGGUUGGUUGGUUGGUUGGUUGGUUGGUUGGUUGGUUGGUUGGUUGGUUGGUUGGUUGGUUGGUUGGUUGGUUGGUUGGUUGGUUGGUUGGUUGGUUGGUUGGUUGGUUGGUUGGUUGGUUGGUUGGUUGGUUGGUUGGUUGGUUGGUUGGCUCAUGCAGCAAGUCAAAUCAACGAUGCCCACCAGAAGCAGCUCGAGAUGCAAAGGCGACAGCAGGAGCAGCUAUUGCAACACCAGCAGAAGCUGCAAGAGCUCCAAGGUCAGAUAUCGGCGCAGUACGCCGCUGGACCGCAAGCUCAGCUCAUGUUCCUACCGUUCCUGGAACAGCUGAGAGGGCUGCAGCAAGCUUCUCUGCCUCCUGGGGUGCCUAAAUCACCUAUCGGCAAUCAUAUGCUUCCACCCCACCAAGUACCAAAUUGGAUCUCGGCUACAGCACACCUGCCCCACAUCCCCAAUCACAUCCCCAAUCACACCUCCCAAGAAAAACGAUCUCCUCCACGUCAACCCACUCCUUCUCCACCUCCACUACCCCCAUCGGACCCAGACGCACCCCUCAACCUCAGCAAACCCAAAUCAUCCAGCUCGGGAUCAGCGAGGUCUAGUCCUCAGAGCACCCCCAGCCUACAGCAACAUCCCGAGCAGCCGGUGGCUGCCACCGCGCCGAAGCUGCUACCUCACAACCUGAUGAUGUCGAGAGCGUUUCUGCCCUACGCGGGACUGCCUCCUCAGUUUCCCAUGCCUGGGAGUAUGGAUAGGAAGCAGAGCAAGGAUAUGGGGGGUCAGGAUAAGCAGCAGAAUCAUUUUCCUCUACCGGGGUUGUAUGGACUGCCGACACCUCCUCAUAUGAGCGGGCCCAAGGAGGAGAAUAUCAAGGAGGAGAGGGACUUCUUGGCCCAAUGUCACUUAUGGGGAGCACCUGAUCCAAAUUUCAAGAUGGAAGAUAACUCAGAAAAAGCGAAGAUUAUCCGUCAACAAGCCAAAAGGGAAAACGAGAACAAACCCCAUAUCAAGAGGCCCAUGAACGCUUUUAUGGUUUGGGCAAAGGAUGAGAGGAGGAAAAUUCUGAAAGCCUGUCCAGACAUGCACAACUCCAACAUAUCAAAAAUCCUUGGGGCUAGAUGGAAGGCCAUGUCGAAUUCAGAAAAGCAACCGUACUAUGAGGAACAGUCUAGGCUCUCGAAACUGCAUAUGGAGAAGCAUCCCGACUACCGGUAUAGGCCACGACCUAAAAGGACAUGUAUCGUUGAUGGUAAGAAAAUGCGUAUCUCAGAGUACAAAACCCUGAUGCGACAACGCCGCCAAGAGAUGCGCCAGCUGUGGUGCCGCGACGGUAGCGACAUGAACUUCAUGCCCUCGAACAGCGAUUUCGGCUCCCCAGCCACCUCGACCUCGGGGAUGCCCUCAGCAUCGCCCCCCAUGGGCAUGAUGAACGGAGCGGGGCCCAGCUCGGAGGGGGGCUACUACUACCCCCACGAGAGCGUAUCCCCGGAUGCGAUGAAUUUCGCGCAGGAGCACAGUAUGGCGUACGACUCCAGUCCGAGGCAUGAGGAUGACUGA